AUGGAUAUUCGUGUGCUGAAGCCGUCGGACAUCCCCCAUGUCCAGAUGGCCAACAUCACCAAUCUGCCCGAGAACUACUUUUGCAAGUACUACCUCUACCACGCCCUCUCCUGGCCCCAGCUUUCAUACGUCGCCGUCGAUGUUUCCCGCCCCCCGAAGACGCCAUACGACCCCCCUAAGAUCGUUGGCUAUGUCCUGGCCAAGAUGGAGGAGGACCCGGCGGACGGCAUCCAACAUGGCCACAUCACGAGUUUGAGUGUCAUGCGCACGCACCGUAGGCUCGGGUUGGCCGAGAAGCUGAUGAGGCAAAGCCAGCGCGCCAUGGCCGAGACGUUCGGCGCGCACUACGUGUCGCUGCACGUGCGCGUGUCCAACAACGCUGCGCUGCGCCUCUACCGCGACACGCUGGGCUUCACGGUCGACAAGAUCGAGCCCAAGUACUACGCCGACGGCGAGGACGCCUACUCGAUGCGCAUGGAGCUGUCGCAUCUGCGGCAGGCCAUGAUCGACGAGAGCGACGAGGAGGAGGCCGCCGACGAGGGCGAGCCCGUCGGCUCCGCGGGCAAGAAGGGCGAUGGCGAGCAGAAGGUCAAGGUCAAGGUCGGUAGGGCCCUGGGCGUUGGCGAGCUGGUCGAGAGGAACGAGAGCUCCAAGGCGUAA